AUGGGCCAAAUCCACUUCCUGACGGAUGCUUUGCAUGCAGAGACGAUAACUUGUCUGAAGGGGAUUGAGUUCACGGCUGUAGUUGGGUUUGGGAGUAUCAUCAUUGAAACAGACUCCACAAUGCUCGCCUCAGCUCUUCUUUCCAAUGAAUUGGAUACUGCUCGUAUCGGAGUUCUUUUUCGGGAGGCAAAAUUCCUUCUUUUUACUAGCUUUAUUGAGUUUAAAGUGCAUGUAUGUAAGCGUGUCUGUAACUCAGUGGCACAUCUUCUGGCUACCCAUGGUGUCCAUAUGUCCGAGGGAGGUACCAUGUAUUGGCAUGACGUUGUUCCUGGCAUUGUAUCUUCUGUGGUAGCCAUCGAUCUAGCUGCUUCUGCUUUUGUAUGUUAA